UCGCACAAGCUUAGCUGGCGCAGGGCCUCGUUGACGUCGGGGCCCUUUGCGCGAGGGAACAAGGAUGGGCGUAGGAGGAGGGUCCGAUGUUGAGAUUCCACAGUGCCCUGUCUGUUGCGAGACACUGGGCCGGUGGGGCGGGCCAGCAACGCUACCAUGCGGACACAACGGAUGCGUCGAGUGCUUCCAGCAGGUCCAGCAGCGCAACGCCCAGUGCCCACUGUGCCGCGCAAGUUUUGGAAAGGACCUGAAGCUGUCCUGCAACCACGAGCUUGAGGACCUGAUUCGCCUGGCGACCAUGCUCUUCGUCGACGAGUCCUCCCGUCGCGACGGAUGGGAGGCUUUCCCCUCCACCGCGCACACGGCUGACAGCUACGCAACGGAGCUGCAGCGGGCGCACCAGCAGGCCAACGCGCGGGGUCGCGCCAACGCCGCGGCCGCGGCAGCGGCGCGGCCCGCAGGGCCCGGCGCCACCGGCGCCGCAGGCGCUGGCAACGGCGCUGCUGCCGCAGGCGGUUUCAGCCUUGGAAACCUGGCCCUGAGUGGGCUUGGAAGCCUGGGGCUGGGCGCGCUUCUGGGGGGCAGCAGCGAGAACCCAAACGCACUGGAGGACCUGCACGACAUCAUGACCACAGACCCACUGGCGGCGGCGGCCGGCGGCGGCGGCGGCUCGCCCGUCGGCGGCCGGCGGCGCCGCCACAGCGACGGCGAGGGCGACCCAUACUCGGAGUACGGCGAGGGGGAGUACGGCGCCGGCCCACACGAGCUGGGGCACGGACGCGGCGGCUCCGGGGGCAACGAGAUUUCGCCCUCGACGCACCCCUCCGCCCCCUACCUAGCAGACGGCGCGCGCGCGGGCGCGGGUGCCGCGCAGCGGCGCCCCGGCGCCGGCGGCGGCAGCAGCACCUGGGACCCGAUCGGCAGUAGCAUGUCGACGCUGAUCCCGGGCCUUGGCGGCAACGGCUCGGGCUCGGGCGGGCCGGCGGUGCUGUCUUUGGAGCCCCCGCUGUGGCUGCCGGACAGCCACGCCGCCGAGUGCCUCAGCUGCCACCUGCCCUUCCGCGCCUUCACGCGGCUGAGGCACCACUGCCGCCUGUGCGGCAAGAUCUUCUGCAGCGCCUGCUGCCACAAGCGAGCGCUGCUGCCGCCCAAGUACGGCGUCAGGACGCCGCAGCGCGUGUGCGAGCUGUGCUGGUCGGUGCUGACGCCGCACCAGCAGCUGCUGGCGGGGACCAUGGCGGCGGCGGCGCAGGCGCCCGUGCAGGACUCACCGGACGCCAUCUCGCUGCGUGCCUGGCUAAACAGCCCCUGGACGUCCAACCUGGGAGAGGACAUUUUCAAAGGAGCCAACCUGCUCACCACCUUCGUCAAGGCCAUCCACCGGCACCCGGAGGCUGACCUGCCCACCGCGGCGCUGCAGGGCGCCCAGGGCUUGGCGCUACUCACCGUGGCGCGCGUGGCCGCCGGCUGGUCGCUGUCCUUCGGCACGGGCCUGGUGGUCGCCCGCACCCAGGACGGCGGCUGGUCGGCUCCUUGCGCGGUGUCGGCUGCGGGCAUGGGCUGGGGGCUGCAGCUGGGCGGCCAGCUCACAGACGUGCUGCUGGUGCUGCGCAGCCGCGAGGCCCUGGCUGGCCUGUGCGGCGGGCUGGGCGCGGGCGUGGUGGUGGGCGGCGUGGCGGCGCUGAGCCUGGGGCCGCUGGGUCGGCACGCGGACGCCGGGGUGGUGCUCAACCCGAACAACGGCACCUCGGCCUCCGCCUACGGCUACAGCCUCAGCCGCGGCGCCUUCGUGGGUCUCAGCCUGGACAGCUCGCUGCUGUGCGUGCGCAACCAGGUCAACCACGACUUCUACGGCUACCCCGUCACGCCGCGGCAGCUGCUGCUGGAGGCCGCCGUUCCGCAGCCGCCCGCCGCCUGCAUGCUGUACGAGGGCAUACGGGCGCUGCUUCACCGCUUCGAGAGCCGCCGGCGCUUGGUGCACAGCCGGCACAGCUUCAGCAGCAGCAGCAGCACGCACAACGGCGGCGCCAGCGCCAGCGACGGCUUUGUGCUCGUGCGCCACCGCGGCGGCGGUGGUGGCGGCGGAGCGGCAGCGGCUGCGGCAUCCGGCGACGACUUGUAUGCCGAUACCUCCGCACCGCCGCAGCUGGUGGCGAUGGCCCACGCCGCGCCGGUGAUGCCGUCGGCGCCGUCCGCGCCGGCGCUGCUGCCCGGCGGCGACAUGCACGCGGCGCCGGUGUUGCGCUGGUGAUGGUGUGAUGCGGACCCGACAGCCCAAACCACCCUGCCUCAGCCCAUACCACCCUGCCUUAGACUCGGCCCAGCCCGUGGCCCAGACCUUGCGGCUUGCGGCUCAGGGAGGCACGGGGAGACACGGGAAGGCACGGGGAGGCAUGGGGAGGUACGGGGAGGCACGGGCUCAUGUGGAGGCGGCGUGUGGACAGCCCACCAGGGCGGCUGGGGACGCCGUGUGAUGUGGCGACGGACGGCAUGCCAUGGCGGGUGAUUUCGGCAAAGGCCUGCCGUGCUUUGGAAGGUAGGCGAGGCCUUGUUCGGACGUGUACGUUAGUACUGGAGACCGUUUCAUCAUCUCGAUUAAUCACUGAGAUGAUUGCGAAGUGCGACCUUCCAGGCUUUGUGUAUUAAAACUGGUAGGGUAAAAGCGGAACGGCUGUAACAUUACGGUUGAUGUUGUAUGAUGGGGCGGAAAUCCUUACGUGUACUCACGGCUCUCGUGCUCAGUGUAUCAUGAGCUGGACCAACUGAAAGAGAGCUUCAAGAGACCUGACGGUUACAUCCAAUCUUCCUGUUUGUAUUUGUGUCGGGGGGCAUGCCAUUAAGCAUCCCAUCAGAUGCGGUAUGCGAGGCCGGCUUUGUCGGGUCGCCUGCCUAGCCAAGGGGCAGGAGCACGGACACGAGGGUUUGUGAAUGUGAUGAGUGCAGCCCGUGAGGGCCGUCUUGACUGAGCUUCGGCCUACCACCGGAACUGCCAAGCGAAAAAAGAGGGCGAUGCUAUGCUAAGCGGUGGUAAGCAGGGUAGGUGGCUUGGCCGGGCUUCUCACGGCGUCAGUUCUGUGUGCCCUGCGCAGCCAGGCGCGGCUCUGCCUUACUGUUACAUGACUGCAGGUCUGCAGCGUCGCUGUAACGUUUCAGUGUG